GCCGGCCAACCAAUCGCACGGCCUAUUGCUGAAAAGUGCGGUACGUAAAGCCGGAGGUCUGUACGCGGCCCAGGUGAACCGGUUCCCUCUGAGUCCUGGGUGAGGAACUUCUGUUGGUGUUUGGGGCCGCAGGAAUCGGAAUCCAUGGAUGACUCACACACACUUUGAGACCUCCUUCAGAUCUGGGUUUUCCUGGAAACCUACCAUAAAGUUGAACAAAUUGAAGAGGAGACCUAUGCCGCCAUGUUUGCUAGAACAUAUGGAGCAUACCUACACAGAGUGACAGUAGAUCAGACUUCAAAUAUUUUAUCUGCAGCUAAGCUAUCAUAGACCCUUAUUAUAUAUGUAUGCAAAAGUCCUAAAAUUGAUUUAAAGCAUAUGUGAGAAGAAAGAAACUAUCGUCCUACCUUCAAGCAAAAUUUUUUUGGGGAGUACAACCUGCACAGAAUUAUCUGGUUAUCCAGGAUUUUUAAUAUAACUUGUGUCAAGCUGACAGAAGCAAAUGAACAUCAGAACAAGCUAUUGAAAAUAUACGAAUGCCAACACAGUAUUGUCCAGUGGCAAUUUAAUGUGAACCAUGUGAAGCGACUUCCAGUCAUUUGGAAAGGAUGGGAUGAAAAGGAACCUUGGUGAUAAUUUUGAUGUCUGCAAGAUUUAGUACCAGUGUAAUGGGAUUAUCGGUAACACCUUCACUGCAGAAAAAGCCACCUGGCGUUAUAACUGGCAGCAACUGAGAACUAAUCCUUUCCCAUCUCUUGGAUGUCAAUUCACGAAGCUCAAAGCUAUUUCUGCCCUGCUUACUGUGAUUAAUUUUAUAAACAACAACAAAAACCAGAUGUACCUAUACCAUCUGUGUACAUGCCGUGCCUUUCAUCUUCAUAUACUGUCUUUACUGGAAAGCCAUCAAGUAGAAUGUAAGUGUGAAUAGUGCUUUGCCUACUUUCCCUACAAACAUGUUCUUCUUACUGGAUUUGGUGUGACCAGUUUCAAGCUACUACAUUGUAGGAUUAGAAUUUUGAAGCACAGCCUUCAAGGCACAAGCCUGUAAUCUCAGCUAUUUGGGAAGGGGAAGCAAGAAAUUUGCAGAUUCAAGGCCUGCCUGGGCUACAAGGCUGGUGGUGACAGAAUCAACAUCAAAGUAUGCUUCGUGGUGUUCUGGGAAAGACCUUUCGACUUGCUGGCUAUACCAUUCAGUAUGGCUGUAUAGCUCAUUGUGCUUUUGAGUACGUUGGUGGUGUUGUAAUGUGUUCUGGACCGUCAAUGGAACCCACAAUUCAAAAUUCAGAUAUUGUCUUUGCAGAAAAUCUUAGCCGACAUUUUUAUGGCAUCCAAAGAGGUGACAUUGUAAUUGCAAAAAGUCCAAGUGAUCCAAAAUCAAAUAUUUGUAAAAGAGUAGUUGGAUUGGAAGGAGACAAAAUCCUCACCACUAGUCCAUCUGAUAUGUUUAAGAGCCUCAGUUAUGUGCCAACAGGUCAUGUUUGGUUAGAAGGUGAUAACUUACAGAAUUCUACUGAUUCCAGGUAUUACGGGCCUGUACCAUAUGGACUAAUAAGAGGACGGAUCUUCUUUAAGAUUUGGCCUUUCAGUGACUUUGGAUUUCUGCGUGACAGCCCAAAUGGCCACAGAUUUUCUGAUGAUUAAUAAGUAUUUCCUUUUAACUUGAUUAUUGUCUCCUAUUCAAGUGAAUUUAUUACUACAGUUGAAACCAUGAACUUAACAAUAAACUAUUUGCUAUUCA